AUGGUUGCUGCAUUGCAUGCAAGUAGAAAGGAUCACGAGGAUGUGCACUCCUUCCUUGUGAGAUACGUAUUUACUACGGCGACAAUGCCCGACGAGCAGGCACUAGCUCAACGUCUUCUCAAUGACGUCACUCAUGAACCUCAGAAAAUUAAGGCAGCUUUACUUCAGGAAAAAGAAAUAACUUCUACUGGUGGAGGGUCCUAUAAAUCUAUUCUGACUCAGCAAGAUGUUCAGAUUUUAGCAAUGGUUGCUCCACAAGUGCAACCACUGCAAAAUCCGUUUAAUGAUGCUGCAUUUUAUUUUGGUGACACAGAAUUGAUUUCUGAGGACAUGCAAACAGUUUUAACAGUGAAUGAUGUAAACCAGGAUGACAGUGCUAAUAUGGAUAACCAUCAAACACUUUUGACAAAUAAUUAUAUGGAACAGAAUAGCGAUAAACCUCAUACAAUUACAUCUAAUACAAAAGAUAACCAUCAAACACAUUUAGCAAAUAAUUAUGUGGAACAGAAUAUCGAUAAACCUCAUACAAUUACAUCUAAUACAAAAGGUAUUUGCUUCAUUUUACUUUUCAACAAUGGUACAUUAUGGAAUGAGUUAUUAAUAUAA